AACUGUUCUGGAGUGUCUUUAGUCCGCUCGCUAGUAUGGUUCCACCUAUACGGCUGGCCACCUACGUCGAAAUUUCUAUUUGCUUCUCAAAACUUCCACCAAUCCGGAACAAUGUUGAACACAUUAUCGGUUCUUUCUCCUCAUCUAAAAUUCAAAAAAAAGUUUGUCUCCAUUGACAACUUAGCCUUCAAAUUUCACUACCGUGCCACCUUUAUAAUUUUGCUAACAUGCACCCUGCUGGUCACCUCGCGGCAGUACAUCGGGGAGCACAUCCGAUGCAUCACCGGGGGUUCGAUUCCGGAGCAUGUCAUCAACACGUUCUGCUUCUUCACAACGACCUUCACCGUGGUGAACCAUUUCAACGAAACGCUUCUGCAGGAAGGCUACGUUCCUCAUCCGGGUGUCGGCCAUAUGCACGAAACCGAUGAAGUCAAGUUCCACGCGUACUAUCAGUGGGUGCCAUUUUUCCUUUUCUUUCAGGCGCUCAUGUUCUAUGCGCCCCACUUUGUAUGGCGCUCGAUCGAGGGUGGAAAAAUCAAGAAACUUGUCGACGGAUUGAGAAUGGUUGAGAUUUCAGAGUACUACAACAAGAACGCGACAGUAACGUUGGGUAAUAAAUACACCUUGUACUCCAAAUCUGAACUUCAGGCGAAACUGGACACGGUUCGUGAAGCAUUCUGCAAACACAUGAAGAUUAACCACUUUUGGGCGCUGAAGUUGACGUUUUGCGAGCUACUGAAUCUUUUAAACGUACUGCUUCAGGUUUGGGUGACGAAUGGAUUUCUCGGUGGCCGAUUUUAUCGAUUGGGUAUUGAUUUUAUCGAAGAAGAUUUUACCGGGACUAUGGAUGUUCUGGAUACCGUAUUUCCAAAGGUCACCAAGUGUCACUUUCACAAAUACGGACCCUCCGGGAGCAUACAGAAACACGAUGCACUUUGCGUGAUGGCUUUGAAUGUCAUUAAUGAAAAGAUAUUCACAUUUUUGUGGUUUUGGUAUGCUCUCUUGAUUGUGAUAUCAUUACUAGCAUUAUUUUGGAGGUUCAUGAGCUUCACUCUUCAUAAACGAUCAUAUCGCUUCAAUGCAGCCAUGUUCUCAUUCGCGUCUCCAGGAGCUCUCAGCGCAUUCGAAGUGCGAGUUAUUCAAACUUCGCUUUCCUUCUCUGAUUGGUUAUUCCUGUACUACAUAGCGCGUAACAUUGAUCGACAUCUGUUUAGGUCAAUGUUCAGGGGAUUUGUACAAAAUAAUUCGGCUUCAGUGGACGACGACUACAUGAGGGAUGAUUCGGAGUCGAAUGACGACAGUAUAAUCAUGACCAAGCGAGGUAUCGAUACUGUUGAUGGUCCAAAAUUAAAAAAAUGAAGAAUGAAGCGGAGAUUAUUUAUUGACGUUUUAGAGAAUCGAAUAAAACUAUGAACAUAAUCUCGAGUAAGGUAAAAAGGGGUGCAUCGAGAUGAAAAUUGGGAAUAUUUAUGUGAUUCGAAUUCCAUGCAUAU